UGGAUUAAGGGGAACGAGGAACUCAUCUUCACUGGUUCUCUAGUGAGGGAAUGUCUGCCCAACCGAACUGCUUCCAAAGUCUGCGGAACAACAACACCUCUCCCCACUGAGCUUUUGUCGGUGCCUCGAUCACUCCAGUAGCAGUGCAGGUGGCGAUGAGGUCCCGGAGCAGUGGUGGGGAUUCCCCAUCCCAUGGCCAUCCGUCAAGCCACGAAGAUGACAAAGUUAUCAACACGGGUAGCAAAAAGAAGAACAAAACCCAAAGGCAGAGUUUCGCAGAAAAGACAGCGGGGCUCACAGCUCCUGCAAAGAGAGCUCCCAAAUCCUUGCAAGAAAAUGAGCGAAGAAAGAAGUUACUGGAACUCUCCAAAGAGGACCUUCUGCGUCUGCUCAGUGUAAUGGAAGGAGAGAUAGAGGCUCGAGAGGAUGUAAUUCACCUGCUGAAGUCGGACAAGAUAAAUCCCGAGACUCUUGAGGCUUAUUACGGUCUGGCUGUUCCUGAGAAGAUUUUGCAGACAUUGUAUCGAGAUGCCUGUCACUUCCAGGAGAAAAGUCCAGGGGAGGAUGUAUAUGAGAAACCCAUGGCAGAGUUGGACAUGUUGGUGGAAAAACACAGGGAGACGUAUCGCCGCAUGUUGGAACAGCUGCUUUUAGCAGAAAAGUGUCACAGGCAAACAGUGUAUGAGCUGGAAAAUGAGAAGCACAAGCAUACAGAUUACAUGAACAAGAGCGACGAUUUCACCAACCUCCUUGAGCAGGAUCGAGAGAGGUUGAAGAAACUGCUUGAACAGGAAAAGUGCUACCAAGCUCGAAAGGAGAAGGAGAACAGCCGACGGCUGGGCCGGGUGCGAGAGGAGUUGGUGAAGCUGAAGUCAUUCGCACUAAUGCUGGUGGACGAGCGGCAGAUUCACAUUGAGCAGCUCGGCCAACAAGCCCAGAAGGUGCAGGAGCUCGUGCACAAGCUCCGGGAGGAGGAACAGAGAGUCCGUAGCAGUGACGAUAGAGCCAGGGAGGAGGCGCAGAAGGUAUUCCAGCUUGAAGCAGAACUUGAGCACAAAUCUGCCAAGUCCGUGCAAGAGCUCGACGAGAUGACAGCUAAACUGGCGAACCAAGAGGCGCAGAACCGCCAACUACGGCAGAAGCUGUCGACUCUGGCCCAUCGGUUCGAGGAGCUGGAGGAAGCCAACAAGAGCCUCCAGAAAGCAGAGGAAGAGCUGCAGGAGUUGCGGGACAAAAUCAGGCAGGGGGAGUGCGGCAACUCCAGCCUCAUGUCCGAGGUGGAGAGCCUGCGCAAGCAGCUGCUGGAGAUGGAGGGGAAGGACGAGGAGAUCACCAAGGCCGAGGAUCAGGGCAGGGAGCUGAAGAAGAAACUGCAGCAAGAGGAGCUCCACAGCAGCAGCUUGAGGCUGGAGGUGGAAAAGCUCCAGAAGAGAAUGGUGGAGCUGGAAAAGCUGGAAGGCGCUUUCAACAAGAGCAAAUCCGAAAGCUCCCAGCUGCACACCAGCCUGGAUAAAGAGAAGGCCCUGAGCCGAGACCUGUUCAAUGAGCUGGAAGCAGUAAAGGCUCGCGUGAAGGAGCUGGAGUCCUCUGAAGCCAGGCUGGGGAAGAGUGAGUUCAACUUGAAAGAUGAUCUGACGAAGCUGAAGUCCUUCACUGUGAUGCUGGUGGACCAGAGGAGGGGGGUGGCCGAGAAGCUCAACCAAGAAGAGCAAAAAGUCAAUGAACUCAACAACAAGCUCAAGGAGGAGCAGAGCAAGACCACUGAGGUGACGGAGAAGCUGAUAGAAGAGAGUAAAAAGCUCCUCAAACUGAAGUCAGAGAUGGAGGAGAAGGUGUCCAGCUUGCUCAUGGAGAAGGAAGAACUGGUGAUGAAGCUGAAGAGUGAGGAACAGAGGUCCAGUGAGCUGAACCACCACCUCAGCUUGCUGAAGAAGAGGCUAGACGAGGACGAGAGUGACGCUCUGAGAAAUCGGGCCACCCCAGAGGCUGAGCGUCUGGCUGAGGAAGCCCAGCCUGACAGCCUCAAACUGAGGGAGCUGACGCUGGAGGUGGAGCAGCUGAGGGGCCGGCUGCGGCAGCUGGAGGUGGUGGAGGGCGACCUGAUGAAGACGGAGGAUGAAUUCGACCGGCUCGAGCAGAGGUACCGGAGCGAGCGGGACAAGGCCGACCAGCUGAGCCAGCAGCUGGAGGAGAUGCGGCAGCAGGUCCGCCGGAGCGAGCAGGGAGAGGGUGGCGGCGCCAGGGAGGCCGAGGCGCGGGGCAGGCUGCGGCUGGAGGAGGCCCGGAGCCGCGAGCUGGCGGCCGAGGUGGGGGCGCUCAAGGAGAAGAUCCACGAGCUGAUGCAGAAGGAAGACCAGCUGUCCCAGCUGCAGGCCGAGUACACGCGGCUGCAGAGGCACUGCCAGCGGGAGGAGGACCGCAACAAGGACAUGGGCCUGGAGGUGGUCAGCCUGGCCCGCGAGCUGGAGCUGUCCAGGCGCUGCAGCCGCGCCCUCCGACCCAGCGCGGACGGCCGCCGCAUGCUGGAGGUGCCGCUCGCCUCCACCGCCGUGCAGACGGAUGGCGCGGCCGCCGAGCAGGAUGACCGCAACACCACGGCCGUCUUCAUCCGCCAGUCGGUGCAGGAGGAGAACCACCUGAUGAGCCACCUGCGCCAAGGCAGCCUGAAGAGACAGCCGGCCGUGCUUGAGCGUUACCCGCUGGCCACCGGCGAGCCGGGCCUGCGCCGUUCCUGGGUGCCCUGGUCCAAGCGGCGGGAGGCGGGCACUGGCCCCGGCAAGCCGCUGCUCGUGUCUGGCAAGCAAGGGCAGCCGCUCCACAUCCGCGUGACGCCAGAACAGUGCGGCAGCACGGCCACGCUGGAGAUCACCAGCCCGGCAGCCGACGACUUCUUCUCCAGCAGCGCUGUCAUUCCCACGCUGGGGCCCCACAAGCCUCGCAUCACCAUCAUCCCCGUGCCCAAGACCUCCGAAGGCCACUUCUCGCCCGAGCGCCCGGCCUCGCCGGUCACCAUCACCACCUUCUCCCGGCCCAGCUCGCCCCCGGGGCGCCCCCACCCCCGGCCAGCCUCCCCCGACGCCUGUCAGUCCCCCAUCCAGAUCGUGACAGUGAGCACGGCCCCAGGCCCUGAGCCAGCCCAGGGCCCCGAGCCGCAGGAGCUGCAGGUGGGCCGGGCCGUGUUCAGGAUGAGCCCGGACCAGCAGGGAGCCAGCCGGAGGUACGGCCCCAAGGCCAACAUCAUCACCACGGAGGACAACAAGAUCCACAUCCACCUGGGCACCCAGUACAAGCGGCCGGCCAGCGGCGGCUGCCCCGAGCCCGGCGCUCCGCUCAUCACGGUGCGGCCGCUCGCCGUGCCCGCCGACGGCAAGGAAGGCUCGGGCACCGUGCUCCGCUCACCCCGCCACUGCACCCCACCCAAGGGCUCUCCCAGCAAGAUGACCAGCAGCAUCAUCAUCACCCCAGCCAGCACGUCGCCCACUCGGACCACGCCGGCACUGGGAGCACAGGAGGGGUCAGCACCUCGGCCCGCACCCACCCGCAUCCCCAUGUCAAAAGGUAUGAAAGCAGGAAAGCCUGUAGUGGCAGCAGGAGGUGUGACAAAGUAUGAAUCUCGUGCUGAAAGCCAGUCAAUGAGAAUUGAACUGAAGAAGUGUCCGCUCAGCAGUUCAGCCCCGCAGGCUGGGGGGAAGGGCUGAACGUGGAGGCCUUGGGGAGAGCAUCAUCAUUCACCAAGUGCGGAUAACAUCGGCAUGAUGGCUAGUGGAAGCGUCCUGUUGCUGCCCGUAAUCGUAUUGCACUGUGUUACUGCUGGCUGAUCGAAACACUGCCCCGGGCUGCAACCUCCAAGGUUUUAUAUGCUACUGAUCACAUUGGAAGACACUGUAAUCAUUAUCUGUAUUUUUUUAAGAAAUUGUAUUUUAGAUAACCUUUAAAGAAACAAUCCAUCAUUGCUCCCACGAAAAUAUGAAGAGCAACUGAUGCACUGUACCAGGAUACAGCUCAACUAGUAUCCACCAGAGGGGAAGUGUAUUUGAACAGAAUCAAAACAUCCUUUUCAACUUGUACACAGAAAAUGAUGGCAUGGUUUGAAAUGACCAUUGCGCAUUAACCAAUGCUCUCUUUUAAUUGUGAUAGGUUAGUCUCCCUUUUAAACACAAUGUGCAGGAAUAAAUGCAAUUUCUGUAAUUCCGACCCACCCUAAUUCAGCAGCCAUGUAAUGUUCCCUACAGAUCAAUUAUUACCUUUCACGGCAUCUUUUGCCAAAUGAUAUGAAUAACUUUGGUUUUCCAAUGGCACUGCAGCACCUUUAUGUACAAGAGCAUACUUCCACCUGCCCUGAAAUUCUGCAACUCCUUCUGAAUUUUAAAUACUGUAUGACAACAAUCCGGUUAUAUCUUAUGCCAGAAGCACGCCUUCUUGAUUGUGUGAGUAUUCUGGGCCUGGGUGAAUGGUCAGGUUGACUGGUUAACACUGUGUUGCUGAGUUUACUUUUUGUAAAGUUAUGCUGUAAGAUAAUAUACAGCUGUCUUGAGACGUGGUUUUUAAAUUGACUCUAUAAUGGAUAAAACAUGCCCUUCAACACUCAAGCCAUAGUGGUGCUUUAUCCUGAGGGAUCAUUUUUAAAUAUGUUAUCAACCCUUUCACUGUGGUAUUAAAAAUCUGCAGGAAACUAUGACUGCAAUUUUAAACAAUUAAAGCCUGUAUAUUUAAUUGAGCACUUUAGUCUUUCUUCAUGAUUGUAGCUGGCGUUUGAAUAUCCUUUGGUCUGAGCAAUAUCAGUUACAAUGGGUUUGGAUGUGUUUAUUGUCACUGCCAAGAAAAACAAGAACAUUUACAAAUGUUUUGUUUUCCAGCAGAUGCGCAGGCUUUAAUAUGAAAAUGUAACUGAAAUAUAACUCUCUAUAGGAUUUGGUAAAUAGGCUGGUUAAACCACAAUUCAUGAAACUGAUCACUUGUUUGGGACACAGAAUCCAUAUUUAAUAUCAAUUUGCAGCAGUUCAACUAUAAUCAAUUCUCAUUUAAAUAAGGUUAGUGUCUGCCUUGUCCAGGUGCCCUAUGUUAUUUAUGAAGCAGAAUUCUUCAUAAAUUCAUUUAUGACAGACUUCCUAUUCGUGACAUGUAAAGGAUCAGGUUAAUUUGUGAUUUAGAGACACGAGAUAUAUUGGAAUCUGGAACAUAUUUUCACCAGUCUGAUCGUAAUCAUUGUAUUGCAAAAGAUUGUGCAAGGUUUUGAAUAGUUAGAAAAAUUUGAACAAUGAGGCCGUAACAUUAUAAUUAUUAGGACUUCCAGUGAUCUCCAGCAGAACCCCAUGAACGAAUAACGAGGUGUUUGCACUUACCAUUGUUAAGCUGCCUUUGAAUGGGAAUGUUCCUGAAAACUGUACGAUUGAAACAGUUCCUCCAAGCACUGACAUGAAAGCUAAAGGAAACAGAAAUCUCUGGGGAGUUUCAAGGUUUGACGGAACAUUUUCAAUCAACCUCCAGCUUUCACAAUACUAAUGGCAAAGCAAUUUGUUGUCCACUUGUCACGGAGAGAGGAACCCAAAAUAGAUUAAAAUGUAGACAACACAAUUGUAAUAGUUUGCACAUGAUUCUGAAGGAUAUUUUUUGCAACAGUUUUGCUUCCAUUUAUUGAUAUUUUUGCAACUAUUUCUUGAAUGAAUAAUCAGUUCUGAAAGGGAGUCAGUUCCACAGUGUAAUUGUAAAUCUCAAUCACAACCAACACUUGUCAGUCAUAUUUAGUAUAAGGUAGUUUGUCAUUUGCUACUUCAGCAACCCAUCCAUACAGCUUUUAAGCUGAAUGAGUUUCUGCUGCCUUCCUUGAAGGUUUCCCAACUUCCCCAGAGAACAAUAAUGUUUAAGGCAAAGUGAAGUAAAUCUGGAAGGAAGAGACCGUGGAAAUACAAGCAUGCUGAGUGAUAGAAACUGAAAUGGAAAUUUCUUGAAACAGGACUGGCAGCAUUAAAUACUUGAUGUAACUUGAAACAAGUGGAGAUGCAGAAUUGGUUGACUGAUCAAACUUAGCCCAAUUGAGCCUUAUGUUUUGACUAGGUUUCAUGUGUAGAGCUCAUCUGUAUCCAUGCCUGAGGAACAGCUAUGAUUCUAUGAUUCGUUUUUUCUGCUUCUGCACACAGGCAGGGAAGAAAGUGCUGGAACUGUUAUCAAGCACAUUAGCAUUUAGUAUGUUUGUUACAGCGGCAAUAACUUCACUCACGAAAGAAGUUCUUUUAAGAUAAAAGUGAAUGCGUCCUGUCUAUCUGCUGGCAUGACUGGCAAUUUUUGAAACUGUUGUUCCCAUAAUUCGAUGAACAGCUAAUACCCAUCAAAUGAGAAACUACCAAGGUUCAGACAUGUAGAAGACAGAUCAGAGCAAGUGACUGCCUUAGUGGAGAUAUGAAUGUAGGAAGGUGAUAGAGUGUUAAGCAGAAAAGACAAAAACAAACAAGGAUAGUGUUUUUAUUUUAUUGACAAUGAGCAAUUGCUAGAGAGGCUCAUGAGUUAGGGAGUGCCUGAGGACAUCAGAAACAGCUUCUGUUACCGUUCUCACAAAGAACAUAUUCAGCACUACAGCAUCAUCUGCCCUUUCUAGUGAAAGCUUUAGUUCUGGAGUAUUAUUCCACAGUCAAAGUCACUUAGGUCACAGUUCCUCCCGAUUCUGGUGUUUGGUCUGAAAAACCUACCGAACCUCCUGAUCAUGUCUAUAUGCUUUCAUGCGUUAAGAUGCUGCCGCAUGAUUGGCCAAUUAGAUAUUUACAUUAAGGAGCAGGUGUACCUAAUAACAUGGUCACUGUGUGUAGACUGGUUAAAAGAACAAACAGUGGUAAACAGAUUUAAUGGAGAUUUCAAAGUUGCCUUGCAAUUAGCUUUUACAAAACCAGCCAUUAUAUUACCACUUCAGCAUGCAAAUUCAAGUGCCUAGAUGGAUUGCUAAAGGUGUGCCAUGUGUAGCGGGUAGAGUUGUCAUACACAGCAUGUGUGGUAAAUAAAGCAGGGUAGAAUUUCACUGUCACCUAAUAAUGCUUGGAAAUUCAUUUCAGAAGCAGAAUUUAGUUUCCAUACCUUGCGUAUAAAAGGAAGGGUAAUUUCUAUCCUUUUUUUUAACAAAGAACAUUUAUAUUUUAACUCUGAAAACUGUUUUGAUACUGGUCAGAAACUAAAAAUGGCAGUGAGCAGUGGUAGGAGCAUUAAAGGAAAUGUUGAAAAAUGAGUCGGGACAGAAGUUUUAAUCAGAAUUUUGAAGAAGCUGAGAUAGAGAAGGGUAAUGGUAUUGUUUGGGGGAGGGGGAGGUUGUCCAAGACAAGUAUUGGCCUUGGCAUUGAAAAUAUGGAAGUUAAAAAAGCUAAAAUAAUCAGGUCAAAGUUUAAAGAUCCAGAGUUAAGUAACAGAGGGAUUUGAUAAUGUGAUAAAGGUUCUGAUAUUCACUGCAGUUGAGAUGAAGACCCUACUGAAGAUGACAGGGAGUGUAAGGGAGGUGAGUUCAGCUGAAGAGAUAUAGACAGAGUUAGCAGAAAGGUGGUAAAUGCAGUUUUUACGGAGGUGAGGUGUGGGAACGGGGAAUCACUGUGUUGGAAAGCUGCUCAUUGAUGUGUCAGUUACGUACAUCACCUUCCCCACAGCAGAGUUUCCCACCCAGCAUGAUCUCAAGACACUGUGUGUUACAGAAGAGGCCUUGCACCCCAAACUCUGCAAUUCAGCCUUUUGUCUGUGAACUUCUGCUGCUGCAAAGAGAGGAACUAGUGAAGGGAAUCAGUAAAGGACAAAGUGAGAGGGAGAGGAGGAUGACAGAGAGCAUUAUACCCCAAUGCAAUCAUUUAGGAACAAAUUGGGAAGUUUCUUUGGAAUAUGGUACAGGGAGUGUUGGACCACAGUAACAUUGGCCAGCAGGAUCACAAAUACAAAUGUACAAUUAAGCCCUGAGUCAAGAGGAAGUGCAAUUAUUGCAGAUACCGUCUGAAACCAACAAUAUUAGGUUAUCUAAGAAAGUGUAUUAUCAGGCAUUCUAACUGACUGACACAAUAAAUAGUCUAAAAAAAUUAAAUCUAUCGUGAUCCAUUGGAAUUGAAAGUUUGUGUUUGUAAAAUUACUUGAUGUAGGAUUGUGGAGUAGCUUCAAAAUUACUUUAAGGCUAAAUGAAACUGUUCACUACAAUAAUUCCUCUCAAGGACGAAUCAAAUUUCACUUCAUUAGGACAGCAAUAUGCAGGCUCACUGGGUGUCCAUGAGAGCCAUUGCAGAACAAAAGCCAAUCACGGUACCCAUCUGGGGCUUGUGGCUGGGUAGAGAGAGAGGUGAAUGGUUUGUGUUUCUGUUGUCUCACUUUCCUCAAAAUGAUGACAGGGUCAACCACAGGACAGAACCACCUCAUGUACUCAUCUAGCACUGCACGGGGGGGGGGGGGGAGGGGCAACAAAAUAUAACUGAUGGAAAAUACAAUUUACUGUUUUUUCUAAUGAGUUUUAAAUGCUUCUUUCAUCUAUAUACUUCAAUCUGAUUUUAAUGUUUGGGGAAUAAAACUGACAAAAAAAAACCUGGGAAAUUUGCUUAACAUAAACCAAUUUCAAAAUGCUGCAUAACACGAGAUGGUUGUGGCAGGGAGAAUGUAAUUUGGGUAAGUGUGAGGUGUGGCUCUUUGGGAGGACUAAUGCAGGUGGGUAACACACAGUGAAUGUGGAAUUGAAGAACCGGGCUCCGGGAUUCUCUGAAGUGGCAGCACAACUAGAUCAAGUGAAGACAGCUUACGGGAUAUUUGCCUUCGUUAGCCAGGCCUAG